AUGGCCACACAGGCAGCACUCGCAGUCACUCCUUCAACGGCCACACAGGCAACACUCGCGGUAACUCUUACAACGGCCACACAGGCAACACUCGCGGUAACGGUUACAACGGCCACACUGGUAACACUCGUGGUAACUCUUACAACGGCCACACAGGCAACACUCGCGGUAACUCUUACAACGGCCACACAGGCAACACUCGCGGCAACACUCGCGGUAACUCUAACAACGGCCACACACGCAACACUCGCGGUAACCCUUACAACGGCCACACAGGCAACACUCGCGGUAACUCUUACAACGGCCACACAGGCAACAUUUCGCGGUAACUCUUACAACGACCACAUAGGCAACAGUCGCGGUAACUCUUACAACGGCCACACAGGCAGCACUCGCGGCAACACUCGCGGUAACUCUUACAACGGCCACACGGGCAACACUCGCGAUAACUCUUACAACGGCCACACGGGCAACCCUGGCGGUAACUCUAACAACGGCCACACAGGCAACAGUCGCAGUAACUGUUACAACGGCCACACGGGCAACACUGGCGGUGACUCUUACAACGGCCACACAGGCAGCACUCGCGGCAACACUCGCGGUAACUCUUACAACGGCCACACGGGCAACACUCGCGGUAACUCUUACAACGGCCGCACGGGCAACCCUGGCGGUAACUCUAACAACGGCCACACAGGCAACAGUCGCGGUUACUCUUACAACGGGCUCACGCGCAACAUUCCCGGUAAUUCUUACAACGGCCACACGGGCAUUACUCGCGAUAACUCUUACAACGGCUACACGGGCAACACUGGCGGUAACUCUAACAACGGCCACACAGGCAACACUCGCAGUAACUGUUACAACGGCCACACGGGCAACACUGGCGGUGACUCUUACAACGGCCACACAGGCAGCACUCGCGGCAACACUCGCGGUAACUCUUACAACGGCCACACGGGCAACACUCGCGGUAACUCUUACAACGGCCGCACGGGCAACCCUGGCGGUAACUCUAACAACGGCCACACAGGCAACAGUCGCGGUUACUCUUACAACGGGCUCACACGCAACAUUCCCGGUAAUUCUUACAACGGCCACACGGGCAAUACUCGCGAUAACUCUUACAACGGCUACACGGGCAACACUGGCGGUAACUCUAACAACGGCCACACAGGCAACACUCGCAGUAACUGUUACAACGGCCACACGGGCAACACUGGCGGUGACUCUUACAACGGCCACACAGGCAGCACUCGCGGCAACACUCGCGGUAACUCUUACAACGGCCACACGGGCAACACUCGCGGUAACUCCUUCAACGGUCACACGGGCAACAAUCGCGGUAACUCUUACUACGGCCACACGGGCAACACUCGCGGUAACUCUUACAACGGCCGCACGGGCAACCCUGGCGGUAACUCUAACAACGGCCACACAGGCAACAGUCGCGGUUACUCUUACAACGGGCUCACACGCAACACUACCGGAAAUUCUUACAACGGCCACACGGGCAACACUGGCGGUAACUCUUACAACGGCCACACGGGCAGCACUCGCGAAGGCAACACUCGCGGUAAGUCUUACAACGGCCACACGGGCAACACUCGCGGUAACUCCUUCAACGGUCACACGGGCAACAAUCGCGGUAACUCUUACAACGGCCACACGGGCAACACUCGCGGUAACUCUUACUACGGCCACACGGGCAACCCUGGCGGUAACUCUAACAACGGCCACACAGGCAACAGUCGCGGUUACUCUUACAAAGGGCUCACACGCAACACUCCCGGUAAUUCUUACAACGGCCACACGAGCAACCCUCGCGAUAACUCUUACAACGGCCACACGGGCAACACUGGCGGUAACUCUUACAACGGCCACACAGGCAGCACUCGCGAUAACUCUCGCAACGGCCACACAGGCAACACUCGUGGUGUGUCUUACAACGGCCACACAGACAACACUCGCGGUAACUCUUACAACGGCCGUACAAAUCUCACGGUAACUCUUACAACGGCCACACAGGCAACACUUGCGGUAACUCUUACAACGGCUACAGAGGCAACACUCGCGGUAACUCUUACAAUGGCCACACGGGCAACACUCGCGGUAACUAUUACAACGGGCAACACUGGCGGUAACUCUUACAACGGCCACACAGGCAGCACUCGCGGUAACUCUUACAACUGCCACAAGGCAACACUAGCGGUAACUCUUACAACGGCCACACAGGCAACACUCGUGGUGUGUCUUACAACGGCCACACAGGCAACACUCGCAGUAACUCUUACAACGGCCACAAAGGCCACACUGGCGGUAACUCUUACAACGGCCACACAGGCAGCACUCACGAACGGCCACACAGGCAACACUCGCGGUAACUCCUUCAACGGUCACACGGGCAAGAAUCGCGAUAACUCUUACAAAGGCCACACGGGCAACACUCGCGGUAACUCUUACAACGACCACACUGGCAACACUCGCGGUAACUCUUACAACGGCCGCACAGGCAGCACUCGCGGCAACACUCGCGGUAACUCUUACUACGGCCACACGGGCAACACUCGCGGUAACUCUUACAACGGCCGCACGGGCAACCCUGGCGGUAACUCUAACAACGGCCACACAGGCAACAGUCACGGUUACUGUUACAACGGGCUCACACGCAACACUCCCGUUAAUUCUUACAACGGCCACACGGGCAACACUCGCGAUAACUCUUACAACGGGUACACAGGCAACACUCGCGGUAACUCUUACAACGGCCACACGGGCAACACUCGCGAUAACUCUUACAACGGCCACACGGGCAACCCUGGCGGUAACUCUAACAACGGCCACACAGGCAACAGUCGCAGUAACUGUUACAACGGCCACACGGGCAACACUGGCGGUGACUCUUACAACGGCCACACAGGCAGCACUCGCGGCAACACUCGCGGUAACUCUUACAACGGCCACACGGGCAACACUCGCGGUAACUCUUACAACGGCCGCACGGGCAACCCUGGCGGUAACUCUAACAACGGCCACACAGGCAACAGUCGCGGUUACUCUUACAACGGGCUCACACGCAACAUUCCCGGUAAUUCUUACAACGGCCACACGGGCAAUACUCGCGAUAACUCUUACAACGGCUACACGGGCAACACUGGCGGUAACUCUAACAACGGCCACACAGGCAACACUCGCAGUAACUGUUACAACGGCCACACGGGCAACACUGGCGGUGACUCUUACAACGGCCACACAGGCAGCACUCGCGGCAACACUCGCGGUAACUCUUACAACGGCCACACGGGCAACACUCGCGGUAACUCCUUCAACGGUCACACGGGCAACAAUCGCGGUAACUCUUACUACGGCCACACGGGCAACACUCGCGGUAACUCUUACAACGGCCGCACGGGCAACCCUGGCGGUAACUCUAACAACGGCCACACAGGCAACAGUCGCGGUUACUCUUACAACGGGCUCACACGCAACACUACCGGAAAUUCUUACAACGGCCACACGGGCAACACUGGCGGUAACUCUUACAACGGCCACACGGGCAGCACUCGCGAAGGCAACACUCGCGGUAAGUCUUACAACGGCCACACGGGCAACACUCGCGGUAACUCCUUCAACGGUCACACGGGCAACAAUCGCGGUAACUCUUACAACGGCCACACGGGCAACACUCGCGGUAACUCUUACUACGGCCACACGGGCAACCCUGGCGGUAACUCUAACAACGGCCACACAGGCAACAGUCGCGGUUACUCUUACAAAGGGCUCACACGCAACACUCCCGGUAAUUCUUACAACGGCCACACGAGCAACCCUCGCGAUAACUCUUACAACGGCCACACGGGCAACACUGGCGGUAACUCUUACAACGGCCACACAGGCAGCACUCGCGAUAACUCUCGCAACGGCCACAAGGCAACACUCGCGGUAACUCUUACAACGGCCACACAGGCAACACUCGUGGUGUGUCUUACAACGGCCACACAGACAACACUCGCGGCAACACUUGCGGUAACUCUUACAACGGCUACAGAGGCAACACUCGCGGUAACUCUUACAAUGGCCACACGGGCAACACUCGCGGUAACUAUUACAACGGGCAACACUGGCGGUAACUCUUACAACGGCCACACAGGCAGCACUCGCGGUAACUCUUACAACUGCCACAAGGCAACACUAGCGGUAACUCUUACAACGGCCACACAGGCAACACUCGUGGUGUGUCUUACAACGGCCACACAGGCAACACUCGCAGUAACUCUUACAACGGCCACAAAGGCCACACUGGCGGUAACUCUUACAACGGCCACACAGGCAGCACUCACGAACGGCCACACAGGCAACACUCGCGGUAACUCCUUCAACGGUCACACGGGCAAGAAUCGCGAUAACUCUUACAAAGGCCACACGGGCAACACUCGCGGUAACUCUUACAACGACCACACUGGCAACACUCGCGGUAACUCUUACAACGGCCGCACAGGCAGCACUCGCGGCAACACUCGCGGUAACUCUUACAACGGCUACACAGGCAACACUCGCGGUAACUCUUACUACGGCCACACGGGCAACACUCGCGGUAACUCUUACAACGGCCGCACGGGCAACCCUGGCGGUAACUCUAACAACGGCCACACAGGCAACAGUCACGGUUACUGUUACAACGGGCUCACACGCAACACUCCCGUUAAUUCUUACAACGGCCACACGGGCAACACUCGCGAUAACUCUUACAACGGGUACACGGGCAACACUGGCGGUAAUUCUUACAACGGCCACACAGGCAACACUCGCGGUAACUCUUACAACGGCCACGCAGGCAACACUCGUGGUGUGUCUUACAACGGCCACACAGACAACACUCGCGGUAACUCUUGCAACGGCUACACAGGCAACACGCGGUAA